AUGUCUCCCCCUUCACCGACGACAUCAACCGAACAAGAUGGCGGCGGCAUUCCGUCUCGUCAUCGAGCCGUGUCUCCCAAAGCAGAGCUAGACACUGCCGACAACAGAAGCAUACCCAAACCAAAGCGCCUGGCCUGCAUGAUCUGUCGCAAAAGGAAAUUGAAAUGCGACGGCAUCAAACCCAGCUGCAGCACAUGCACCAGGCUCGGCCACUCGUGCGCAUACGACGAAGUGCGUCGAAAGAGCGGCCCCAAGCGGGGCUAUGUCAAGGCUUUGGAGGAGCGUCUCAAGCAAGUCGAAACCCUCCUCAACAAAACCAAAGACUCGGCAACAGGUGCCGAUGCCAAUACGGCCGCGCCUCUGAACCUUGACACCGCAUCAGCUACCCGCGUCCAGCUGUCACCCGCCGCCGCCGCCGCCGGUGGUGGCUUCAGCGGCCAGAACGCCACGCUCACUCUUCGAGGCGACGGCGACAUGGACCGCUGGCAGUUUGCGGGCGAGUCGCCUCAACCUGGGCCUCCCAUGGACGACUUCAACUUCAACACGAGCAUGACCCCCGGCUUAAACCCCAACAUGCCGAUGGGAAUGGGCAACCUGAAUAAUACGAACUUCCCAUGGGAAAUGAUAGGACUUGGUCUGGAGGAGCCCCUGCCACCACAAGAGACCAUCGAUGAGCUGCAUCAGAUCUACUUUGAGAAGGUCCACCCUUCCAUGCCAAUGAUUCACAAAUACAGGUAUCUGGCGGCCAUGAACCUAGCAGAGUCACUAAUGUCAUCCAGGAUUGGUCUUCACCGCUUAGAUGGGGCGGGCCUCGACGUCAAGCAAUGCCUUCCACCCCCGCGCGAUUGGACCGAGCGCGAAGAGCGGCGGCGCACGUUUUGGAUGGCAUUCUGCGAGGAUCGGUAUGCGAGCAUCGGCACCGGCUGGCCCAUGACCAUCGACGAGAAGGAUAUUAUGACGAACCUGCCAUCUUCGGACGAAGCUUUCGACAUGAGUAGGCCUGAGCAGACGCAAUCCCUGCAAGACAGCAUGAGUCCCGCAGGAGCAAGCAAACUCUCAUCUUUCGGCGGAAUUGUGCUCAUGGCCUGUCUCUUUGGCCGUAACCUUAUCCAUCUUCACAGACCCGACGUCGACGACCGAGACAACGACCUCAACGGCGAGUUCUGGAAACGUCACAGGUCAAUGGACAACAUUAUCCUCAAUACAUCGCUCUGCCUGCCGCCUCACAUCAAGCUGCCUUCCGGCCUCAGCAACCCCAACAUUGUUUUUACCAACAUGAGCAUCCACACCUCGACAAUAUGCCUUCAUCAGGCGGCUAUUUUCAAAGCUGAUAAGAACAAGCUACCGGCAUCAGUGAGUGCCGAAAGCAAAGUCCGCUGCAUUACCGCUGCCAGCGAAAUUGCGAGUAUCAUGAGGAUGAUAUCGCACAUGGAUCUAAGCUGCAUGAACCCUUUUAUUGCGUUCUGCCUCUAUGUGGCUGCGAGGGUAUUCGUGCAAUACCUCAAGAGUCGACCUGAUGACAGUCAGACGGCAGAUUCGUUGCGUUUUCUGUUGUCAGCCAUGAAUGCUCUGAAGCGCAGGAACCCCCUUACGGAGUCAUUCUUGGUACAGCUAGAUGUCGACCUCGAAGCUUUGGGGAUGAGAAUUCCGAAGCUGAGAGCUGCAUUCCCACGAAGCGGCGACAGUCCGGAUGCCACCGCCGCGGGAAGGCGCUGUGAUGAAGAAGGUGCUUCAGGAAUUCUGGCUUACAGGAGUGAUUGCAACUACACGAAUGGCGAUGAUGCCGUUCCAGUCACCGGCCCUGGCAUUGCCGAACCGGUUUCGGGUACUCAGCCUGUGAGCAGAACUAUCUCGGACUCGUCCGGCUUCUCGGGCCAGCGCUGGCUUGGUCCAGACGCUGGAUUCGCUCAAGAAGGAGGUGCCUCUCGCGUGCCUUUGCAGGGCAUGGUCCUGACACCUGGGUCAGGUUCGUUUCGGGGGCUCGCGAAACGGUACAGUUGCUGGGUUCGGACAGACUGAAAGCAGCCGGCGACAACACUAUUGGGCUCGCCAGAUGGCGAUCAGUUUUAAUCGACCGACACCCAAUUCAAGCUCAGCCUCUGAACAUCGAAGCGGGCCGACUGCAUCAGUGGGCAUGGAAGGAUCCAAACAGAAACUCGUUCGAAGCCAGUCCAGCCUCUAACAACCCAAGCGCUAAUAUCGGGGUGAAUGGCGAAUCCACCACUGCUGGCUUCUUCGCCGACUCACAAGGGUUCAACCUGGGUCCCACCGGGAUGACACCCGGGGCCAGGUUCCAGAUGGGUGACAGCCCUGUGGAUGCCUACGGCAUGGCGUCCAACGGGUGGCCGGGCAUGCCAGGUCAGUCAGGCAUGACCCCAAUGAGCGAGGGGGUGCUACGAUCGCUCAUGAAUAUGGGACCGAUGGACGCGAUGGAUCUGUCAUCGUGGGAGUCGGGAGCCUAGCUGGUCGCCGUCCCCUUGAUGAUGUGAAUCUACAGCAGAAUGAGGAGUUCGGGGAGAUAUUUCUUGAUGAAGGCACAACACGUGCCAAUGUACGACUAAUUUUCCCACUCAGUAUUGAGGGUUCACGGGGGAGCAGGGUGGAUGACGGGGUAUUCGAUGGCCUGGUAGGUCGGCGUUGGUGGCUUUAAUCGAGAUCGAUUCAAUCAUGG